UGAGAUUUUACGCUAAUGGCGCCCAAGUUUCUGUCCUCUACUCGAAAUGAGAGGUCCGGAAAGGGCGUGCCGGAGAAGGAGGAGAAUGCGGAAGGAUCGCAGGCCAAGGCGAUGUAUUCGGUGACCGGAAUGACGUGCUCCGCCUGCUCCGGACAGGUGGAGAGGGCCCUCAGGCAGCUGCCGGGGAUCCAAGACGCGGUCGUUGAUGCUCUCAGUAAUAGGGCUCAGGUCACGUUUUAUCCGGCUUUGAUUAACGAGGAGACAAUCCGUGAGACCAUUGAAGAUGUGGGUUAUCAGGCCACAUUGAUUCAAGAUCAUCAGACAAAUGCCAAAUCCACUCAAAUGUGUCGAAUUCGGAUAAAUGGAAUUUGCACUUCUUGCUCCACGGCUGUUGAAUCUGCUCUCCAAGCUCUGCGUGGUGUGCUAAUGGCCCAAGUUGCAUCAGCAGAUGAGGAAGCACAAGUGCAUUAUGAUCCAAAGAUGGUAAGCUACAAAGAGCUUUUGGAAGCAAUAGAAGAUACUGGGUCUGUAGCUAUACUUAUUACUACUGGCUACAUGAGCAAGCUUCAGCUUAAAGUUGAUGGAGUUUGCACUGAUCAUUCAAUGAGAUUGAUUGAGAAUUCUCUUCGAUCACUUCCAGGGGUUCAAGACAUUGUCAUUGAUCCCACACUCAAUAAAUUUUCUGUUUCCUACAAACCAGAUGUGACAGGGCCUAGAAACUUCAUCCAAGUGAUUGAGUCUACUGGAUCUGGGCGUUACAAGGCAAUGAUAUUCCCUGAAGGAGGAAGAGAAGUUCAUGAAAAGGAGAUUGAGCGAAAUUAUAGAUCAUUUCUAUGGAGUUUGGUCUUUGCAAUUCCAGUAUUCUUAACCUCCAUGGUCUUUAUGUAUGUCCCUGGCCUCAAGCAUGGAUUAGAUAGCAACGUGGUGAAUAUGCUGAGUGUUGGAGAGAUUUUGAGGUGGGCAUUAUCCACCCCAGUACAGUUUGUUAUCGGGAGGCGAUUCUACACUGGCUCCUACAAAGCAUUGCGCCGUGGGUCUGCUAAUAUGGAUGUUUUGAUUGCCUUGGGAACAAAUGCUGCCUAUUUUUAUUCAGUCUAUUCAGUGUUGAGAGCUGCUGCUUCUAAAGAUUUCAAGUCCACAGACUUCUUUGAGACCAGCUCCAUGCUUAUUUCAUUUAUUCUUCUUGGGAAGUAUUUGGAGAUUUCAGCCAAGGGAAAGACAUCUGAUGCCAUUGCCAAGCUUAUGGACCUGGCACCUGAGGCUGCAAUUCUGUUGACACUGGACUGUGAAGGAAACGUGAUAACUGAAGAAGAAAUCGAUAGUCGGUUGAUACAAAAGAAUGAUGUGAUUAAAAUUCUUCCUGGUGCAAAAGUAGCUUCGGAUGGUUUUGUUAUUUGGGGGCAAAGCCAUGUCAAUGAGAGCAUGAUCACAGGGGAAGCCAGGCCUGUGGCAAAGAGGAAGGGUGACACAGUCAUUGGAGGCACUGUGAAUGAGGAUGGUGUGCUACAUGUUGAGGCGACACAGGUUGGAUCAGAAAGUGCUCUGUCACAGAUUGUUCAGCUUGUUGAGUCAGCCCAGAUGGCUAAAGCUCCUGUGCAGAAAUUUGCAGACCGCAUCUCUAAAUACUUUGUUCCUUUGGUUAUUAUCCUUUCAUUUUCCACUUGGCUUUCCUGGUUUUUAGCAGGAAAAUUUCAUAGGUAUCCAAAAUCUUGGAUACCUUCUUCCAUGGAUAGCUUUGAGCUUGCACUCCAAUUUGGAAUCUCUGUCAUGGUCAUAGCGUGCCCAUGUGCUCUGGGCCUUGCAACUCCUACUGCUGUUAUGGUUGGUACUGGUGUUGGAGCUUCUCAGGGUGUCCUCAUCAAAGGCGGCCAAGCAUUAGAAAGUGCACAUAAGGUGAAUUGCAUUGUGUUUGACAAGACAGGGACCCUCACAGUUGGGAAGCCGGUAGUUGUUAACACAAGGCUCUUGAAAAAUAUGGCACUCCAAGAAUUCUAUGAACUUGUUGCAGCCACUGAGGUGAACAGUGAGCACCCACUAGCCAAGGCCAUUGUAGAAUAUGCUAAGAAAUUCAGAGAAGAUGAAGAGAAUCCCACCUGGCCAGAAGCCAAAGAUUUCGUUUCCAUUACUGGGCAUGGUGUAAAAGCCAUUGUUCGCAACAAAGAGAUCAUAGUGGGCAACAAGAGUUUAAUGUUAGACCAGAACAUUGCCAUUCCAUCUGAAGCUGAAGACAUGCUGGCAGAAACAGAAGCAAUGGCUCAAACUGGGAUUCUGAUAUCCAUUGAUGGGGAGCUGGCAGGAGUUCUAGCCAUAUCUGAUCCAUUGAAGCCUGGUGCUCGUGACGUCAUAUCUAUUCUCAAGUCCAUGAAAGUGAAGAGUAUAAUAGUGACAGGUGACAAUUGGGGAACUGCAAAUUCCAUAGCAAAGGAGGUUGGAAUUGAAACUGUCAUUGCUGAAGCCAAACCUGAGCAGAAAGCAGAAAAAGUGAAGGAUUUACAGGCUUCAGGCAACAUCGUCGCAAUGGUUGGAGACGGCAUUAAUGAUUCACCAGCUCUUGCAGCUGCAGAUGUUGGUAUGGCAAUUGGUGCAGGCACAGACAUCGCCAUUGAAGCAGCAGACAUUGUUCUCAUGAGAAGCAACUUGGAAGAUGUGAUAACUGCCAUUGAUCUUUCCAGAAAAACAUUUUCCCGUAUCCGCCUGAACUACAUAUGGGCACUAGGGUAUAAUCUCCUAGGCAUACCAAUUGCGGCCGGAGCUCUUUUCCCAUCUAUUGGAUUGCGUUUACCACCAUGGAUUGCAGGAGCUGCCAUGGCAGCCUCUUCAGUCAGUGUUGUUUGCUGCUCACUUCUGUUGAAGAACUAUAGAAGACCCAAGAAGCUGGAUGGGCUUGAGAUGCAGGGAGUGACAGUAGAGUGAUUGAUUGAUUCUAGUGGUGUUGAUUCAGCUUCUUGUAUAUAAUGUAGCAAUGGCCUUUGCCUAGGAAUAACAUCUUAGUGGAUGAUAUAUAGAUUAGAUUAUUAGAAUAAGGUCAUCACAGACUGAGCUUAAGCUUCUGUGUUAGGUCCAAACUCCAAUUUAGUUCAGAAACGCUAGGGUUAAUGGUAUAUUAUUGUUCAACUGAUCAUUUUGAUAAUCCAAAGGAAGUUGUCUUCUCUACAA